CCCGAUACCAUGAUUAAUAAGAACAUGUCUGUGAAACGAUUGUUAGCUGAAUACAUUUUAAACCAGAGCAGUCACUAUGGCUAAGUCAUGUUUGGCUAACGUUAGCUUCUUGGCUGGUCAGUCAGGUUUGCUUUUGGUAAGCAGGAAAGCUAACUUGGCUAACGGCUAGUUAAUCGAUGUGACCAUCACUAAUGUUAGGCUUUGUCCAGGAAACGGCGGCGUACAAUUCGCUUCCUUGUUUUGAUUUUAUCAGAGGGCCCUCUUACACAGGAUCGGUCAUCUUUAGGUCCUUCACCUUCUCCUUCCUGUGACAGAUGUUGAGGCCGGAGGUCAGUCUGUUCAACAGCUGUUAGAGGUGACGGGGUGAGGACGGGAAAGGAGUGUCGGUUAGCUGUACCGGGUUUUGUCUCAUGAGAGUAACUGUGCCAUCCAGGCACUGCCAGUGACCAGGGCUGUGGCUGUGGUGGGCCCGGCCCAGGAGGCUUUUUCCUACAUCUUUUCAGGCCCUUGUUGACCUGUGCUGCUCACACCAUGGAUCAACAGAGAGAUAAAUAUGGCGAGCGGCCUGCCAGGAGCACUAAAGUUGCCCAGGGAAGCCGCAGCGGCCACUCGUCCCGACCAUCUGGCUCCUCCAGCUCAUCUGGGGUUCUCAUGGUGGGACCAAACUUUCGUGUGGGCAAAAAGAUCGGCUGUGGAAACUUUGGUGAAUUGAAGCUUGGUAAAAAUCUCUACACCAACGAGUAUGUAGCUAUUAAACUGGAACCAGUGAAGUCGAGGGCACCGCAGUUGCAUUUAGAGUACCGGUUCUACAAAACACUGGGAACUACAGCUGAAGGUGUGCCCCAGGUGUUUUACUUUGGGCCCUGUGGGAAAUACAAUGCCAUGGUUCUGGAGCUGCUGGGCCCAAGUCUAGAGGACCUCUUCGACCUUUGUGAUAGGACAUUUUCACUGAAGACUGUCUUAAUGAUAGCCAUUCAGCUGAUUUCUCGAAUGGAGUAUGUGCACUCUAAAAACCUCAUCUAUAGAGAUGUAAAACCUGAAAACUUUCUCAUCGGACGGCAAGGAAAUAAAAAGGAACACAUCAUCCACAUCAUAGACUUUGGUCUGGCCAAAGAGUAUAUCGACCCUGAGACCAAAAAACACAUUCCAUACAGAGAGCAUAAAAGCUUGACUGGCACUGCCCGAUACAUGUCCAUCAAUACACAUUUAGGCAAAGAGCAAAGCCGGCGAGAUGACCUGGAGGCCUUAGGCCACAUGUUCAUGUAUUUCCUUCGCGGGAGUCUACCGUGGCAAGGACUAAAGGCCGAUACGUUGAAAGAACGAUACCAGAAGAUUGGAGACACAAAACGAAACACUCCCAUUGAGGUCCUCUGUGAGAACUUUCCAGAGGAGAUGGCCACCUACCUGCGAUAUGUGAGACGGUUGGACUUCUUUGAAAAGCCAGACUAUGAAUAUCUGCGAACUCUGUUCACUGAACUGUUUGAGCGAAAAGGAUACACCUUUGACUACACUUACGACUGGGUUGGCAGACAAAUACCCACACCAGUGGGCUCUGUCCAUAUAGACUCUGGAGCAUCUGCUGUGACGAGAGAGAGCCAUCCUCACAGAGACCGGCCCUCACAGCACCAACCAAUUCGAAAUCAGACAGCGGUCUCAGAUCGACGAGGAGCAUGGGAGGUGCAACCCACACGCCAAGCAAACUCCUCCUAUCUGACCUCCCACCUGGCAGCGGAUAGGCACGGGGGCUCAGUGCAGGUGGUCAGCUCAACCAACGGGGAGCUGAAUGCAGACGACCCCCUGGCCGUCCAUUCCACGCAGCCCACUACAGCUCAGGCAGAGGUGGAAGUGGUUGACGAGGCCAACUGCGUGAAAAUGCUCAACCUGUGGUGCUGCUGUUUCUUCAAGCGAAAACGGAAGAAGAACACGCCGAGACACAAAUGAUCAUCCAUCACCGGCCUGAAACGCUCCAAGGUCCGGCUCAGUUGAUUGUGAUAUCAGAAAUCAAUAAGGUCCCAUUCAGAAUUAAAGAGGGAGACAACUGAAGUAUCUUGAUUGAAAUGCUCUCUGGAGGGACCCGUUAAAACGGUUUGUAGAGAUGUACAAGACACUUGUGUCUUUUGAUGGGAGUCCCUUUUCAUGUUUUCUUCUUUUUUUUUUUACCUCCUCCAAUUUGGAAUGUUUUGCAGGCCAGCCGCCCAAAUGGAAAACUUUUUGUUGGGAUUCUGCAAAGGAUACAUGUUUUUUGUUUUUCUUUCCUUCCUGAGACACCCAGCAUUAACAUUUUUCUCUCCUCGUUUUUGACUUUUUCUCUCGUUUGCCUUCUGGAGAAGGAGAAGACAGAUCUUCCUGUGGAGUGUUGCCACCUUCAGCCUGUUGCAUACUAUGAUUUCUUUGUUUGACUCACAAAAUCAUGUUUUCAUUUCCCCUCUGUCAAGUCUCAGUUCAAAGUGGUUUGCCCGACACAAAGCCAUUUUGGUCUUUCCUGACAUGGGACUGAAUGUAAACCUGAACACACGGGAAGCCAAGAGUGUAACUGCCUAUCUUUGGGCACAAAGAGCAUCAGUCUGCCAUUUGGCCCCUGCACUUUUUUCCUCCAAAGAGGUCAACCCUGGCACUGGGACCCGGGCCUGAGAGACCAGAAGACCAGAGACACCUCCUCCACUGUGUUCUCUCAGGAUGAUUUCUGCUCACGCUGCUUGGUUAAAGCACUCCCCUUAACCACGCCGCUGUUAAAACACACUACAUUCUCUUUUGACUCACAUGCAGUUUUGCUCAUGUUGGCUUUGUGAUAAUGAACAGCAACCUGACACUUGGGGCUGAAAAACUAUAUGCUAUUUAUGCUAUUUAUCUCUUGGUUGCCACCAGUUUUCUUACUAGCUCUAAAACAUACACACUGAAUGUAUGGACAGAAACGUAAAUGACUUUGGAGAAUUUAUAUAAUCUGUCAUGCGCAUGGGAAGGAAAUUGCAGUUAAGGAGUUAAGGCCAAUGUUUAAAAAAAAAAAAAAAAAAAAAAGGGAACAAAUUGAGACCCAAACACAGAUGAAAGGAAGGGAGGGUCUUACAUGUUCUUGAUCUUAAUAAUGUGAUGGUUAAUAAUGGUCUCUACACCAGUAGACACUGGGGAAUGUUGCUUUGCAGUGACGAGAGAAACUGGCUUGAUGUGCUUUGGAAAUUAAACCACAGCCUCUCAACGCUACUGUCCAAUGCCUUAACCCCGACCAGUCGACCACCACAUCACAUCACCAGUUGGAUAAAGAAGUUGGCAGCAUGAUGGUUGUGAGGUUUGCAGUGCAAAUUUUGAGGUCACCUGUAUAAUAAAGCCCAAAAUUGUUGACUGUUCCCCAGCUAGGAUCAGAGCAGUUAUUGAGUUCCCUUGUAACAUUGAGGAUGUAUUCCCAAGAGGAGAGAAAUGCCAAAUUGAAGGUUUGGUGUAAUAAUCUGUAAAGGUGUUAAGAAGUCCCUGCCCCUGCGUGUCCAGUUUGAAGGCCCCUGUGCUGCAAAGCAAUGUUUUAAUUUGGACAUCUCUGCUCUCCUCAAUGCCUAGAGAGAAAACCCAACGUUGGCGUGAGCGAGGGCGGAUAAGUGAGCAUGUCUAUACCAUUUUUUUAGUUUUUUCUUCUUUUUUUUUUAGUGUCAUGGAGGACUGCCUUGAAACAAUAUCCUCGUAAUGUCACCUUGCCUAUCCUCCGAACAGAGAGUGAAUUAACGUACACAGGUGUUUUAUUUUUUUAUUUUAUAUCUUGCUAAUGUGAAUUUUCUGAAUGCAUUUUUUUGUUUUUCCAUUCCAAAUUGCCAUGGUUGUAUGGGGAAAGAGAGGGUAACAAAAAACAAAAGACCAUGACUGCACUACAUUUGUUGACCCCGGCUUUCCCUGACAAGACCCUGCCUUCUUAAUACUGUACUUCAAACGUGCUUAUUACUUUAAUCGUAGCUGCCUCAUUUGCUAGGCCUUCCCUAUAGGGUGCAGGGAAUACACUUUAAGUUUACUUUCAUCCCUACCCACUCCUUUUUUUUGUGCCAUGACACCCUCCUCCUUUGCUCUCUGCGCGCGCGCACACACACACACACACACACACACACACACACACACACACACACACACACAUCCCAGAUGAAUCAACUCUCAGCAGAGUGUUACAUUUGGUGUUUUGUGGACCUGCUCCAUCAUCUUUAGAAAUACAAUGAUGUAUACUUUCUCAAUGAAUCCCUAUGUAAACCUGCUUGUUGCGUGUAUUUACACUGUAUAGCUUUUGGUUUAUUCUCACCCCUGACAUGUCGGUUACUCUGGGGUCUAAGUUAUUGUCUUAUUGAAAGUACUUGAAUAUGAAAAUCUACGGGACCUUUUUAGUUUGUUUUUAUGUUCUUGGUCAUUAUCACAGUAAUUCCACACAGGAUUUGAGGGGAAUGGUGGGAAAAUAGGCUAUUUGAAUGACAGGUAUUCAUUUCUUUGAGAUGUCUCAGUGCCUCUUGAGUGUGUUUGACAGGUGUGAAACUCACCUGGGGAGUCCUGUGCUAGCAGCUGUAAAUGCUCGCAUGAGGGUUGAGUUGAGGUUUUCACCCAGAGGAGCUGCCGUUUAGAUGUUGGUGGUUUUGCAGGUAAAAAUCACUUUUCAGUCUCUGCGAAACAUUCACCGUAAUGUUUCUGUUGUCAAUGAAACCCUUCGUUAACAUCUGCUGCCUGUGUUUUUUUUCCCCCCCACAAAGCAUUAGCAACGCCCCGGCUGUUUCCUAUCAGCUACGUGAGAAAUGUUGAAAGUAUUUCUGGGUAAUGAGAUGGAUAUCCAGACUAUAUAGCCUUCAACGUUCUCCCUGAAUUCCCCGAGUGCCAUUCCUGAAACUACUGCUAGCCCAUGCCUUUUAACUGUGCCAGGAAAAUAUGAAGUUGAAUGUUUUUUUUGACCAUCGCAUUCCACCUUGUGUCCUUGACGUUACCACUGUCCUUUUGAAAAAUUGCUGAGCAACGUGGCUCAAUUCAGUACCAGGAAGUGUUGUUUGAGAUAUUAAAGAUUGUCAGGAAAAAUGUUUUAUGUGUUGCUUCUGUUGGUUUCUUUCCGUUAAUGUUGAAACCAAUAUCAUUUUAUCGACCAAGUUGAUGAUUUCAGAGUUGGAUUUGUUGGUCAUCUUUGCAAACUCUGCUUCUUCCUUAAACUGGGUCGACUAACUCAUUAGCUCCCGACUCAAAUGGUAGAUAUAGAUGUAUUACUCUAAUGUAUUUACUUUUGACUAUCUGGGCCUCAUACAGAGCGAUAUAGGAGUACUCUGUAUGAUUUGUAUCUGCAUGGCUUAUCCGGAGACAACAGUGAGUGAUCGCUCUCUCUCUCUCUCCAGGGAAUUUCUCCCCUGUAGAGCUCAUAUACUGUUGGGUCAGUGAGACGUUAUGGCUUCCAGUCAUCAUGUAAAACAAAAAACUUUUUCAUGUCUUCUCACAGCACAUUCCAUUUCAGUUCCCAUUAGUUCUGAUAUACUUCACUUCAGUCAGACUUGUGUUUUAUGCGUGUAAGUCACGUUCCUGUGUGUAAAAGCUGUGUAAAUCAAAGCAAAGGACAGUUAAAGUGUGAAUGAAUGGCUUCGGUCUUUAUGGGUUCUCUGGCACUUUUUCCUUGUUGCUGUUCUGUAGAAUUGUCUUGGAUUUACUGUAUAUUUUUCUUUGAGGGAGAGGUUUUAGGGUGGCAUUUAUUGCAAUAUCGUGAUUAUUUGAAAAUUGUAAAUUGUACAGAGUUCACAAUUACACUUUCUUCUUUCUGUUGGGAUAUAAAAUAUGUAUUCUUUGAUUUUUGGUUUCUUAGACUGUGGAAAAUCAAAUUGUACAGCUCCAAGAGUUUAUCCUCCCCUCGGCAUUGAUAGGUUUUUCUUUUUCAGAGCUAUUAUUAAGAGAAAGCUUAAAACUGUAAAUAAACAUUGUGUUGAAAUAUGAAUGUCACUUCAAAAAUGUAUUUGAAUGAGUUAGUCAAGGGCUUCAAGAAUGAAGGACCCAAAUUUCUUAUGGUUUCAUAUUUUUCAUUUACAGAAAGAUAAAGGUCCUUUUUAUCUGAGAUACCUAUUUUUUUUUCUCCUUGGAUUCAUACAAUACCAUGUGUCACAUGAACCUUAUAAAAUCACUUUUUAUUCCCUCCACACCUAAAGGGAAACUCCAGUUUGCACCCUUUUUUAUGUAAAAUAAAUGAUCUCUCCACCUUG